CCGCGGCACAAGCCCCCGCCCGCUCUGCUUCUCGCCCAAUCAGCUCGCACGCUUUCCCUGACAGGCAGGUGUGGUGGCCAACGGCAGCGCGGUUGCCAUAGCGCCGGGAGGCGGGGCGCUGCCGGCGGCGAGAUGGUGAGCCGGUGGGAUCCGCCGGUCCUGUGAGCGGUCCCCAGGAGGGGCAGCUGCCGGUCCGAGGAUCCCGGGUCUCUCCGCUGCAGGCUGCUGGCGGCCCGAAGGCUCCGGGGAAGGAACCGGCCCCCACGUUCCCGGUCAGCGCUGAGCAGCGGCAGCAGCUGCGAGAGGCCUUUGACACGUUCGACCCCGACGGCUCCGGACUGAUGGAUGUCAAGGACCUGAAGGCAGGAAGCCGUGAAAAUACAGCGUGUUCACUGGUGAAAUGGAAGCACGGGGAGCGGAGCGAAGGCUGCGAGGUUUAGCAGCCCCUCCUCGUGCCCCUCCUGCACGGAGGCACACCGGGGCGGCUGAAGCUGCUCGUUCCCCUCUGCUGCUCAGGAGUCUCCUCUGCUUUCUUCCUUUGCACAGCAAUCGCUUUCUGUAGAUGUGCAAGCGAAGCUCUCUAGCAGACCCUCAUCAACGGCUUUUACAAGGGACGGCACGUGCCUUGUGUAGCUGAAGGGCUGCAGCUCCCAGGGGACGUUUGGGCUUGGAUCACCGGCCCGGAGAACUGACAGGGAUGCUUUGUGACCGCGGGUGCUCUCGGAACCAGAAUUACUUGUAGUCAAACAAAGGUGACAGUCAGCAAACAGAAAUGUUGCAAGUAGGGUUAAUCAUUCACAAGCACAAAUAAGCCUAAUAAUUUACAAGCUUCACCUGUUGUGGAGCUGUUACAGAGCAAUUGGUGUUCGCUGCUUAUUGCUUUUGGACCGCUUGCUGAGCUGUCAGGCGUUGCUGCUAGAAUUCUGGCUUGUUAUGCAGCCAGCAAUCAUGCAAGAAUGGUGCCAGUGUUUUAGCCAGGUUUCCUUAGGAGGGACUGAAGCCUUCCUUCUCCUUGGCACUUGCCUGCAGAUCUUCCCUCCCAGUUUUCCACAACCUCGUACUGAUGACAUCAGACAGCUACAGAACACUGUUCUCUAGGGACAAAAUGGAGGAUGAAUAGCUUGUUCUGUGUUUUGUACAGACCUUUCCUCUCCUGCUGCUCAGAUAUUUUGCACACAAUUCCUUCCCAUUCACUUAUAGAGGAGGGUUGAGCCAGCUUGUCUGCGUGGAGAUGCUGGGAGACAAGCUGGUUAGCACAGUUCUGCCCUUCCAUUUGUUGCUCUCUUCACUGUAUGUACAGUUGUCCUAGCUAAUUGCAGAAGCAUGGAGGAAAUUGCAUGGGAAAAGUGAUCUGGGUUAAAAAUAAAUUUAAUAUUACAAAUAUAUAUACGCAUAUGCAAAUAUAUAGUCAUUUCCUGGCACUGUUGAGGUGGAGGAAUGCAGUGCUUAUUGGCAGGAGAGAAAUAAGAAGCUGAUGGGAAUGGUGAAGAGCAGCAAGCAAGUAGUAAGCAGAGACUGUGCCUUGAAAAAUCACAUCCUGGAUCUCUGAAAGGUCUUCUCUAAAAGACCUUCACAUUCCAAGGAUGGUUAUUUUCAGUAGCCUGAUUUCAGCAACUCCUUUUUCUGUUUGGCCUGAUAAAUAAGUGCUUGUGUUGAUAAGCUGCAAUAUAUGAGCACCUGGAAUGGGGCUGUGGGAUCUGAAAUUUCUUAAUCAGGUCUGUCACCAAGUUGGCUUCAUGAACAUGUGCAGCCUUCUGGCACAGGCCCAGUUUCACUGCAAAGUCAGAAGGCUGCUCUGUUGUCUGCACAGUAGACAGGCUGUUUGUCCUGUUAUCUUUCCACUGAGGCAAAAAGUUGUUCCUCCCCCUUCCCACCCCCACCCCCCUUUACAUGUACCUACUUGCUUCAAACAUCUUUUCUGCUUUGUUUCUUUUUGACUUGUACAGUGAUGUUGGUCUGUUUUCUCGUUUGGCAGAUAAUGAUGAGAGCUCUGGGCUGUGAACUCAGGAAAGCGGAGAUGAAGAGAAUUAUCUCUGAAGUUGAUGAGAAUGGGUCAGGGAAGAUAAACUUUGAGUCAUUUCUGCAGGUGAUGACCCAGAAAAUGGUGUGUGAGCCCAGCUGGUCACAAAGACUGAAAUUCCUCUUGCCUAACUUUACAAUGCAGGCAGAACCGUUUUCAAAAGAGGAGAUCCUAAAAGGUUUCAAGCUGUUUGAUUAUGAUGGCACUGGCAAAAUCUCUUUUGAGAAACUCAAGCUGGUGGCUAGUGAGGUUGAAGAAGACAUCACAGACGAGGAGCUACAGGAGAUGAUUGAUGAAGCAGAUGUGGAUGGAGAUGGGGAAGUGGAUCCAGAAGAGUUUUUGCGGAUUCUGACAUUGACUGACCUGUAACUACAUGAUUUUCUUUUUUUCUCCCAUUCCAUUGUAAACAACUGUUUGCAGUAUCACUUCUUUCCAACUUUUAAAUUUUUUGUGUGUUGCCUUUCUUGGGUGUGAAAACACACUGAGAUGUUUCAUUUUUGGUGUUGAUUCUGCUCCAUCACUGCAAGCAGUUUUCUGUAUCCCAGUAAACAGUUUUGUUGCGA